AAAUUUUUUAUUUUUUUAAAAAAAGUUAAUUUAAAAACAAUGAAGGUCCUCAUUUGUGGUGGAGCUGGUUAUAUUGGUUCUCAUAUUGUUCGUGAAUUUACCUCUUUAUCUGGUUAUGAGAUUGUUAUUGUUGAUAAUCUUUCUAAAGGUCAUGUAGAAUCCAUCCCUAAAGGCGUAACCUUUGAAGAAGCGGAUAUUUGUGAUAAAAAGUCAAUUGAAGCUGUCUUCGAAAAACAUAAACCUGGAGCUGUGAUGCACUUCUGUGCUUCUAUUGAAGUUGGAGAAAGUGUUAUCGAUCCUUUAAAAUAUUACGAAAAUAAUGUCACUGGAACUAUUUAUUUAUUGCAAACUAUGCAAAAAUAUAAAGUAAAAUAUUUUAUCUUUUCUUCUACCGCUGCUAUCUUUGGUAAUCCUGAAACGACUCCUAUAGCAGAUGAUGCUAAAUCUGUUCCGAUUAAUCCUUACGGUGAUAGUAAACUUACCGUAGAAAAAAUUCUUGGUUGGUGUGAGAAUGCUUUUGAUAUUAGAUAUGUUUGUCUUCGAUAUUUUAACGCUUGUGGAGCUCAUGAAAGUGGUGAAAUCGGUGAAGAUCACAACCCAGAAACUCAUUUGAUUCCUCUCAUACUUCAAGUGGCUCUUGGACGUAGACCUCAAAUUAAGAUUUAUGGGAACGAUUAUGAUACUAGAGAUGGAACUUGUAUUAGAGAUUAUAUACAUGUCACAGAUUUAGCUCAUGCGCAUAUUAAAGCUCUCGAAUAUCUUGUGAAAGAAAAUAAAUCUCAAAAAUUUAAUUUAGGUUCAGGUGAAGGAUAUUCUGUUAAAGAAGUAAUUGAAGCUGCUAGAAAAGUUACAGGACAUCCAAUUCCUGCCGUAGUUGAAGGUCGUAGACCUGGUGAUCCGGCUGUAUUAAUUGCUGGCUCGAAGCGAGCUGAAGAAAUACUUGGAUGGACAAGAAAAUAUAAGAAUGUUGAAGAUAUUGUUGCUUCCGCAUGGAAAUAUCAUCAAGCGUAUCCUCAUGGAUAUGCUCCAAAGUAAUUUUUAUUGGUCAUGGAUAGAUUUAGUUUUAUUUUAAUUUUCAUGUCAAAAUUUUUAUUAUUAAUAUAAAAACUCCUUAUUAGUUAAUAAAUUUAAGUAUUCUCUUUACCUGAGAGUUUUCCGUUUUCAAGUAACCG